AUGAGUGUAACCUCAACACCAUCUUCACCAUCUCUAUCCACCACUUCUGGAACUUCGUACAUCUCAUUUUGUUACACGUGGACAACUCGAAUCAAAACGAGAAUUACGGCAGAUGGAGAUUCGACGAUUUUGUCAAUUUCGCCAAAGUUUGCCACUGUUCAUCAAUUGAUCUCGUUUCAGUGGAAUAUUCGGAUACAUUCUACCAAAGAAAUGGUGAGCUCUGGCGGGUUUUUGGAGCAUUUUGAUAGUAAAUAUGCUUAGGGUUACUGUAGGCGCAAAAAUUAUGAAUUUUUCACACCGGAUAGUUUAAGUAGCAUAACCCCGGGCAUGUUUGGUGUCAAAAAACGUGGAUUUUUUGCCUACAGUACUCCUGAACUUAAAAAUCACCUACAGUACCCUCAUUUUUGCAGUCCGAAGACGAAGAGGAUGAUGAGGAAAAAGAUGAUUACGUGGCAGUCGACUUGUAUUUUGUGGAUGGACCCGUAAAUGAGGUGACAAUUAUGGCAGAUGUUGGCACUUUUGAGAAUUCGUCCACUCAGAAUCCGAAUCCGAAUCCAGCGAUUCUGACGAUGAAAGAAUCGAAAAGUUUGAAAAUGCAAAAAGGCGUGGAGUGUGAAAUCACAGAGGAUUCGUCGAAAAUUUCGAAAUAUUUGAAGGAAAAUGUGGACAAAAUCGUUAGGAUUUCGGUGGUUUUGCAUAUGGAAAGUCGACUUUUUGAGCCGUUCACUUAUUUGGAUUCGAUUUCGCCAACUCCGAGAGCAUCGUUUUUGACGGCCAAUUAUAAUGCGAGGGUUAAUAGUAAGGUUUGGAGAAGGCGUUCGAAGAAAAGGUGCGGUUUUUGGGAAUUUUUUGAGACCAAACAUGCCUAGGGUUACUGUAGAUGAUUUUGGCUAAAUCGUGGGUACUGUAGGUUUCAGUUUGAAAAUUCUAAACAAAAACCAUUUUUUCCUACAAAAUAUUCCAGUUUGGAACUAACUUGGGUACUGUAGUUGCUUUUGAUUGCGAGAAUUUAGAAUUUGAAAUUACCACGUGGAUUUUUUGACAACGAAACUUGAUCUACAGUAAUCCUAAGGUGCCAAAAGCCUUAUUAGGUGUCAAAAAUGGCGGAAUUUCAGAUUGUACAGUAACCCUAGGUUUAUUCGGUUUCAAAAUGUGCCAAAAUUAAUCUACAGUAACCCUAAGCGUAUCAUAAAUUUUCAAAAUUUCGCGCAAAAAUCGAAUUUUUCAGAACGUGCCGCUCUCUCAAACACUGCAUCAGUGACAAGGAGAAAAUCAACUACGAGAAAAAAGUGCAGGAAAUUUUGGACGACGAGCGUGAGCGGAUUUUCGAAAAAGACCAAAAACAACGAAUUGGAUUCGGGCUCACGGCGAGCCAGUUUGAUUUCACAAUUUCGCGAAAAUUUGCACGAAUCCGCGCUGGAUGA